UGUUCCUCCACGUUGCGGUGUUUACCUGAUUAGAACCGUAGAUUCGAGCCGGUGAUGGACCCGUCCUGACCCCGUCUCCUCCCCCCGGGGAACCACCCGGACACAAACCACAUCCACAUGGAGGAAGACCGCAGUGAUCCGGACGGGCCCUCUCAUCCCCGGGCUUUCCCAGCGGGCCAGGCCGGGCGGAGGGACCGACAGCUCGGGGAGCUCCGGGUGGACUUCCCGGUGUCGGUGGUCCUUCCGGCCGGCGGCACCGGGGAGAGAACCGGGCUCUCGACCCCCAAACAGUUCUGCUCGGUCCUGGGUCGCCCGCUCAUCAGCGUCACGGUGCAGGCGUUCGAGAGGGUGUCGUGGAUCCAGAGCGUCGUGGUCGUCGUUGCCAAAGAAAACAUGGAGCUGAUGACGGAUAUCGUCCAGCGCUUCCAGCACAGGAAGGUCCGGGUGGUGGCGGGCGGCUCCACUCGCCACAGGUCGAUCUGUAACGGCGUGCUGGCUCUGGGUGAGGAAGAGGACGAGGAGGAGAGGCCGAAGGUCGUCAUCAUCCAUGAUGCUGUGCGGCCUUUUGUGGAGGAGGAGUUUCUCUACAAGAUAGCGAUGGCUGCUAAGGAGCACGGGGCCGCGGGAGCCAUCCGACCUCUUGUUUCCACGGUGAUAGCCACCACGGCAGAGGGUUACCUCGACCAUUCCCUGGAGCGAGGAAAGUACCGAGCCAGCGAGAUGCCUCAGGGAUUCACGUACAGCGUCAUCCAUCGAGCCUAUCAGAGGUGCACUGAGUCCGACUUGGAGUUUGGCACCGAGUGUCUCCAUCUGGCUCUGCAGUACUGUGGCACCAACGCCAAGCUCAUCGAGGGGCCGCCAACGCUGUGGAAGGUGACCUACAAACGGGAUUUGGCUGCUGCAGAAUCCAUAAUCAAAGAGUCUCUCUCUCGGUCGGCCUGUGUGAUCACCGGUGGAUCGGCCCGAGCUGUGACGCUGGCUGACGCUCUGCAGGAAGCUGCUGCAGCUCUGCACCUGGAGCUGGACCUGGUCUCAGAUCUGACCGGGGACAACGGCAGGUAUCUGUCAGAGGAAUGCAACUUCAUCCACGUUUCUAUUGAUGGUUCCUGUUUGUCUGAAGUAGAAUCCUUACUGAAGGAUCUGGAGGCAGCGAAUCGAGCUCUUCUUCACCCGCUGGUGGUCAUCUGGGUGUGUUUGUGGCGUCCGGACGAGCCGGUGACGCCCGAGCCGGCGGCGGCGGCGGCGAUCAUGGGCGUGGCCUCAGCAGCCAAGCUCAGGAACAUUCUCCUCUACGGCAUCCGGCUCCACCAGUCAGAGGACCCCGAGCGUUGGGAGAGGUCAGUUUCGAAGGUCGCUGAGAUCACUUCAGCUCUGAUCCGGGAGAGGAGCCCCGCCUUGGUGGGACAGCUUCUGCAGGCGUGAGGAGAAACAGCAGCAGCAGAAACAGAAAAUCCCCUCAUCAUGACUCAGCGAUCCUGAGGGAUGAGACGCUCACAUGACUCCUUCUGGUCCGAGGGGCUCGGGGACACAGCAGAGGUCCAGAUGUCCUCACUUCUCCUCCCGAGUGGGUGUCGAGCUCCAGAAACCCGGAAUCCGACUCUUCCCAUGAUGCAACUCCACAGCUUCUGUUGUUAAACUCUGUUGCUCAAUCCAAAUCCCCCCCCCCUCCAAUUUGUACGAGCAAAACAAGACUUAUAUAACUAGAACGGCCCAACAGCCCUUUCAUUAUACAUCAGGCUGUACCAGCUUGUCAGAUUUCUUUCAAUAAGAUGAACGAAUCGCUGGGAAAUCUGUGAAAACGUCAAAGAAAACAUCCAAUAUCGCAAUUUUAUAGGUAGUGAAAACAAUAAUCCUGCAUCUGACGCAGAUCUACAGCUGAAUAAAAUGGAAAUGGGUUGUGUAGUUUUUGUGUAAUCCUGCAAAUAAACAAAACAAACACACACAAAAACAAAACCGAAUGAGUGUGAACAGGAAGUGAAACCAGAUCUAAAAGACAACAUUACGUUAUGAUAUGAAAGUGUCUUCAGGGACGACUCCACCCUCACAGAACUGUGUUUGUUCAAUAAACACUCAAGUGAGAAAAAAUAAACUGUAAGAUGUCUAUCGGUUCAUAAAAACUCCUGUGUUCUGAUGCUGAACGUUAA